AGCGGCCGGGCCGGGCGGGGAGGCGCCGGAAGAGCCCAUUUCCUCCGCGGGACGGGACAAAGCGGCGGGGCCGAGCGCAGCCAGGGCGGCCGCCACCAUCCCAGCCCAGCUCUGCCCCGAAAUGACUGCUGUCACUGCAGCCAACGUGAACUUCAAAUGGGACCCCAAAAGCCUGGAGAUAAGGACACUGGCAGUUGAAAGGCUGCUCGAGCCUCUUGUUACACAGGUAACAACACUGGUUAACACCAGCAACAAGGGUCCCUCCAAUAAAAAGCGAGGCCGUUCUAAAAAGGCUCAUGUCUUGGCUGCUUCAGUUGAACAAGCAACAGAGAAUUUCCUGGAGAAAGGAGACAAAAUUGCAAAGGAGAGCCAGUUCCUGAAGGAGGAGCUGGUGGCGGCUGUGGAAGAUGUUCGCAAGCAAGGUGACCUGAUGAAGAGCGCCUCGGGGGAGUUUGCAGAUGACCCCUGCUCGUCGGUGAAGCGCGGGAACAUGGUGCGGGCGGCGCGCGCCCUGCUCUCCGCCGUCACCCGCCUGCUCAUCCUGGCUGACAUGGCCGACGUCUACAAGCUGCUCGUGCAGCUCAAAGUUGUGGAAGAUGGUAUCUUGAAACUAAGAAAUGCCGGCACAGAGCAGGAUUUGGGUAUCCAGUACAAAGCCCUCAAACCAGAAGUGGACAAGCUUAACAUCAUGGCAGCCAAAAGGCAACAGGAGCUGAAAGAUGUGGGUCACCGCGAUCAGAUGGCGGCAGCCAGAGGAAUCCUGCAGAAGAACGUGCCCAUCCUGUACACGGCGUCCCAGGCCUGCCUGCAGCACCCCGACGUGGCUGCCUACAAGGCCAACAGGGACCUGAUCUACAAGCAGCUGCAGCAGGCGGUCAGCGGCAUCUCCAACGCCGCCCAGGCCACCGCCUCGGACGACGCUGCCCAGCAGCAGGGCGGGGGCGGAGAGCUGGCCUACGCCCUCAACAACUUCGAUAAACAAAUCAUUGUGGACCCCUCGACGUUCAGCGAGGAGCGGUUCCGGCCGUCCCUGGAGGAGAGGCUGGAGAGCAUCAUCAGCGGGGCAGCCCUGAUGGCCGACUCGUCCUGCACGCGCGACGACCGCCGCGAGCGCAUCGUGGCCGAGUGCAACGCUGUGCGCCAGGCCCUGCAGGACCUGCUCUCCGCGUACAUGGGCAACGCUGGCCGCAAGGAAAGAAGUGAUGCCCUGAACUCCGCCAUUGAUAAAAUGACCAAGAAGACCAGAGACCUGCGCAGGCAGCUCCGCAAAGCUGUUAUGGACCAUGUUUCAGACUCUUUUCUGGAAACAAAUGUUCCUCUUUUAGUAUUGAUUGAAGCUGCCAAGAAUGGGAAUGAAAAAGAAGUUAAAGAAUAUGCCCAGGUUUUCCGUGAACAUGCCAACAAAUUGAUUGAGGUUGCCAACUUGGCCUGCUCCAUCUCCAACAACGAGGAGGGUGUGAAGCUGGUUCGGAUGUCAGCCAGCCAGCUGGAGGCCCUGUGUCCCCAGGUCAUCAAUGCUGCACUGGCUCUGGCUGCUAAGCCCCAAAGCAAACUGGCUCAGGAGAACAUGGAUCUGUUCAAGGAGCAGUGGGAGAGGCAGGUCCGCGUGCUGACGGAUGCUGUGGAUGACAUCACUUCCAUCGAUGACUUCCUGGCUGUCUCAGAGAAUCACAUUUUAGAAGAUGUAAACAAAUGUGUCAUCGCUCUCCAAGAAAAAGACGUGGACGGCUUAGACCGCACGGCCGGUGCCAUCCGGGGCCGCGCCGCCCGCGUCAUUCACGUGGUCACCUCGGAGAUGGACAACUACGAGCCCGGGGUGUACACGGAGAAGGUGCUGGAGGCAACCAAGUUACUGUCCAACACAGUCAUGCCGCGCUUCACGGAGCAGGUGGAAGCUGCAGUGGAAGCGCUGAUCGACCCUGCCCAGCCCAUGGACGAGAACGAGUUCAUCGACGCCUCCCGGCUGGUGUACGACGGCAUCCGCGACAUCAGGAAAGCCGUGCUGAUGAUCCGGACUCCUGAAGAGCUGGAUGAUUCUGACUUUGAGACCGAGGAUUUCGAUGUCCGCAGCAGAACCAGCAUCCAGACUGAGGAUGAUCAGCUCAUUGCUGGACAGAGUGCAAGGGCUAUCAUGGCUCAGCUCCCUCAAGAGCAGAAAGCCAAGAUUGCUGAGCAGGUCGCCAGCUUCCAGGAGGAAAAGAGUAAAUUGGAUGCUGAAGUGUCAAAAUGGGAUGACAGUGGCAAUGACAUCAUUGUCCUGGCCAAGCAGAUGUGUAUGAUCAUGAUGGAAAUGACAGACUUCACCAGGGGAAAAGGUCCUCUGAAGAACACGUCAGAUGUGAUCAGUGCAGCCAAGAAGAUCGCAGAGGCCGGGUCCAGGAUGGACAAGCUGGGCCGGACCAUUGCUGACCACUGCCCGGACUCGGCGUGCAAGCAGGACCUGCUGGCCUACCUGCAGCGCAUCGCGCUCUACUGCCACCAGCUCAACAUCUGCAGCAAGGUGAAGGCCGAGGUGCAGAACCUGGGCGGGGAGCUCGUCGUCUCCGGGGUGGACAGUGCCAUGUCCCUGAUCCAGGCAGCCAAGAACCUGAUGAACGCCGUGGUGCAGACGGUCAAGGCCUCCUACGUGGCGUCCACCAAGUACCAGAAGUCCCAGGGCAUGGCCUCCCUCAACCUCCCGGCCGUCUCCUGGAAGAUGAAGGCUCCGGAGAAGAAACCCCUGGUCAAGAGGGAGAAACAGGACGAGACCCAGACGAAAAUCAAGAGGGCAUCCCAGAAGAAGCACGUAAACCCCGUGCAGGCCCUCAGCGAGUUCAAGGCCAUGGAGAGUAUCUAGAGGAGAGCUCUGGCUUGGGGGUGUUUUUCUCUAUCCCACUACUGCUACUUCCAGAACUCUACUUUUAAUACGCUAAGGAUUUUUCAAAAAUUUACUAUUCCUCCAAAUGUAUUUACUUAAUAUAAUUUUGAUAACUUUUGUUUAGAUUACCUGGGGAGAUACUUAAAUUUCUAAGUCCUAUCAGUAUAUCUUCAGCCUGCAGAAGUGUGGCAAUUUAGAUGGCUUUUAGAUUACAGGGGUGGAUUUCUAGCUGGAAACUGUUUUUUAUAAUCUUGCUUUAAAUGAAUUAUUCUAUAACCAAAGAGGA